CUUGGUAUUACUGUUGAGCCAGCACAAGUUCGUCUUCUUCCACGCUUAGAUGACCCCUACCGCUGGCGCGCGGUGCCUGAGAAGCAACAUUUGUUCUCUAAGAAUCUUAGUGAUCAUUCGAUCGGGGCAUACAAAUCUCUCUGUGACGGCAUAGGGAAGACCUUCGAGGCUGUUCUUCUGGGAACGUCUAUGUUACCAACGGAAGCAGACAUCGGCUUUACUGGCAAGAUAUCGCGACUCCAAAAAGAAAAUUCUGGCCUAAAGGCAGAACUUGAAACGUAUAAAAGUAGUCUGUGUAUAGAGCAGCAGAAGCGAUUAGAUUUGGAAAACACUGUUAACUGUUUACAGCUAGAAAUUGCGCAGACUCAAGCAUAUCUAGAAGAAAGUUUGAAGGCUGCUGAAGGCUAUGUAACAGUGCGUCACCGCCAUUUGGAUGCCUUGCAUCGAGUGCUCCCCAUACUUGAAGAGUUGAGGCAGGACAUCUCCGAUACUUCCCUACAAUACCAAUCACUGCCAACGUCUUGCUAG